GAUUUAAUUAUCGUGACAUAAAAUUAUUUUGAUAUUAUUAUUUCAGACAAAAUGCUUGGACUUGGACAGCUUCCUAAGGAAUAUAACAAGGCCGUUCAUGGACCUUAUGAUCCCGCAAUCUUUUACGGAAAGAAGGAUACUCCUCUGAGCCAGGUUAAGCUCUACCAGCUCCCAGCUUGGUUGGCCAGGAGAAAUCCUUCCCCUGUUGCUAUGGGUAGAGCUGUCAGCAGGGCUUAUUGGAGAUGGAACCACAAGUACGUUCUCCCCAAGUACAGCGGUAUCACCCCUGUUCUUCAGUUGACUGUUGCCUGGUCUGCUCUGUUCUACUGUCUGAACUACAGCGGUAUCUCCCACCACACCAAUGCCAAGUAUCACUGGUAAACAAAGGAGCUGAGUGAAGGUGGUUUAAAGUUUAAUGUGUAGUCGAGUAUAGAUAAAUAUGAAACACAUUCUCAAUAAACAAUUUUAAAUAGUUA